UCACUAGCAACAUGUCGUUUCGUAAGCGCAACAUCGGUGUCCAGAGAUCCCCGAUCGCAUCAUCUUCAGCAGAUGCUCCAGUCGAGUCAAAUGCCGCACCAGCACCCACAGCUUCUGGCAUUCGACCAUCGCCUUUGACUGGACAGCCCACAACAUCGACAGGAGCCUACUCACUGGACAGUCUAUUAGGUGGUCAUGCAGGACUGGCGCUAGGCUCAUCGCUGUUUGUCGAAGAGAGUGGAACUACAGACUUUGCCGGUGCUCUGUUGCGAUACUAUGCUGCCGAAGGCAUCAUCCAGAGCCACACUGUCCAUCUCGUGGGUGCUGGCGAACAAUGGAUUAAGGAUCUGCCAGGCUUGGUAGGAGAUGCCGAAGCUGCAGAAGCCCAAAAGCAAGCAAAGAGCGAUGAGAAGAAGAUGAAGAUCGCUUGGAGAUAUGAGAGACUGGGCCAAGUAGACGCCGAUCGAGGCAGUAGANNGACGUCCGAGCAGCAAGACGAACAACAAUCGCUGGCCUUCUGCCACACCUUUGACCUUGCAAAGCGUCUUUCUGUACCAGCCGAAGCCGACGUCAAUCACAUCGCCAUCUCCCCUCAAUCACCCUUGCUUGCCAUUCUGCAGAACGUUGCCCAGCGAUUGGAUUCCUCUAGGCCUCACACGAUACAUCGCCUAGUGAUACCUUCUCUUCUAUCGCCCGCGCUGUAUCCACCCUCGGCCAGUGCACCAGAAAAUUUGCUUCAGUUUAUGCAUUCCCUUCGUUCCCUGCUUCGACAAUAUCCCGGCCGCCUGACUGCCAUGAUCACACUUCCGCUAGAGCUAUAUCAUCGCUCGAGCGCCCUGGUCCGCUGGGCCGAGACUCUUUCAGACGGUGUGCUCGAGCUCACCCCUUUCCCACAUCUCAUGGACGCUGCAAACAGCUUGGCCGAGAGUGGUGGCGCAAGAGCAACUGACGAGCAACCUCAAGGUAUGCUGAAACUGCACAAGCUGCCAGUAACGACUGAGCGUGGUGGAGGAGGUGCGGUCGCUGGUGUGGGCGAUGAUUUGGCAUUCACCGUCAGCAGACGACGUUUCGUCAUUAAGCCUUUCAGUCUGCCGCCAGCAGAAGGAGAUACCGAGGCCCAGCAAGGCAAUGCUGAAGGAGGUGCAAUAGGCAAGGCCACAAAGGUCGACAUAGAGUUU